UCUCUAACUUUUGUUUUGUGCUCUCUAUUUCUCUCUUUCUUCUUUCUCAGCCGGAGAGACAGAGUGCGGCUUAGCUCGGAUCAGAUCAAGCACUGGCGAUUAAUCGCAGCUACACUGUACUGAGUACUGAACCCGAGUACCGCGAGAGUGAUUCGGAGAGUCGACUCGCCAUGAACCGGCCGGGCACGAGGCUCUGUGGAGUGCGGGAGCUGUGAGCGGUUAGUAAUGCUUCCUCCUGCGGGAUAGACCUGUCUGUGGACCUGCUCGUGGACCUGCUCUCUGCGCCUCCAGCCUGACUCAUGGAUAAUGGAGCGCUCCACACCCAGAACCGAGCAGAGCGCAGUCCGGCUCUGAGGAAAGCCGGCGAGUUCAGAUCGUACAGGAGGAGAUGGUUCAUCCUGAGUGUCGCGUGCCUCCUCAACUGCUCCAACUCUAUGCAAUGGCUGACCUUUGCUCCUGUGGCGGAUCUGACAGCAGAGGGCCUGCAUGUGUCUCUGGACCAGGUCAACUGGCUCUCACUCGUCUAUAUGGUGGUGGCCAUUCCUCUCAGCCUCAUAUCAACAUGGAUGCUGGAUACACUGGGACUGAGACUGACUCUGAUCUUGGGGUCCUGGCUCAACAUGGUUGGCAGUGUAAUGAGAGUGGUGGGAGUUCUCAGCUUUGUCCCAGGGUGGGCCCUGUUCCCAGUGGUGAUGGCAGGGCAGACUCUGGGGGCUGUGGCUCAGCCUCUGGUGAUCUUCUCCCCCACCAAACUGGCAGCACUUUGGUUUCCUGACAAUCAGCGUGCUACUGCUAACAUGAUCGCCUCAAUGUCAAAUCCCCUUGGCCUGCUGUUUGCUAACAUCCUCUCUCCGCUCAUCAUCAGUAAGACCAGCAAUCUUUUUAUACUGCUCCUUACAUACGCUAUACCUGCCAUCGUGGUCUGUUUCCUAGCAACAGUGGGCAUCCGGGAGAGUGUGCCCCCUACGCCCCCCUCAGCUGGUGCAGAGACAUCCAGCUCGGAGCCUUUCUUCCAGGGCAUUAAACUGUUGAUGAAGAACAAGGCCUAUCUAAUCCUGCUGGUGUGUUUCGGCUCAGGCAUCGCCAUCUUCACCUGCUUCUUCACUCUGCUGGAGCAGAUCCUGUGUAUUAAAGGCUACACCAAUGAUUUUGCUGGAGUGUGUGGAGCUCUCUUCAUCGUGUUUGGGGUGAUCGGUGCUGCCUUUCUAGGCCUUUUCGUGGACAAGACAAAGAAGUUUACAGAGGCCACCAAGAUAAACAUAUGCCUUACAUCUCUGGCCUGCACUGCAUUUGCUGUGGUUACUCAGAUGAGGGAUCAGAAAGCUCUGAUUGGUGUAGUUUGUGCUCUUUUUGGCUUAUUUGGAUUCUCCAUCUAUCCGGUUUCGAUGGAGCUGUCGGUAGAGUGCUCCUAUCCAGUCGGAGAGGCAACGUCAGCUGGUCUCAUCUUUAUUUCAGGGCAGAUCCAGUCUAUUAUCUACACUGAGAUCUUGCAAGCUCUGACCAAGAAGCUGGCAGACUCUCCUGGCUCCAUGUGUGCUGCUGGUGGCGAUGACAACUUGAGCUGGAAGGUGCCGGUGCUGGUGAUGGCAGGGCUGUGCUGCGCGUCCGCCUGCUGCUUCGUGAUCUUCUUCCACACAGACUACAGACGACUUCGUGCAGAGGCUGACGCGGCCGCAGACGCAUCACGCACAGAGACCGAGCAGAUGUUGAGAAGAGAGGCAGACGACUACAUGGACACAUGACCUCCAGCACGGAGCAGCUGGACACACAGCAAUACUAACCACUGACUCACUGUGUACUGUAACAAUGAUGGCCAUGUCCUGACGUCUGCCUGCUGGCUUUUAAAGGAACUCUCAGACUGGACUUGACAAAGCCUUUCUGGUGGUGUAUCAGCAGGUCAACAGGUGGGAGGGGCUUUAAAAAAAGAAACUGUUUAGGGUUAGUUUUUUAAACUAUGGAACCACUAACGUGAUAUGUAAAAAAAAAAAAGUGUGGCCAUACCUUAUUAAGGCAUGGGAACGAGAUAAUUAACGAGUUAAAUCUAGCCGGAGAAUAAUAAAAUUUGCUAUUCUGUAAAUGAAUGCCCAUAGAGAAGAAGACUGAAUAUCACAUCAAAGCUCCAAAGGAUAAUCAUUUUUGUAAAGGAAAUGGAGAGUAAAUUGGUUUCUUUCUUUUUUUUUAUCUUAGAAUGAAUUACGAUGAUAUUUUGGAGUCUCUUGAAGUGAAACAUGUCAUAAUUCUAAGUAAAAGACACUUAAUUCUCAUACUAAAAGCUCACAGGCUUAACCUUGCUCAGGUGCUGGCUUUGUUGGCUAUGAAAAAAAGGCUGUGGGCACGCCUUAAUGGCUACGAUUUAAUUAACUCGUUCCCAUGCCUUAAUAAGUCGUAGCCACGCCUUAAUGAUCUCGUUCUCACGCCUGGUGUGGCCACGCAUUUUUUUUUUUUUUUUUUUUACAUAAUGGCUCCGUAUUAAACACUUGCAGUAACAGACACUUCCUACAUAUCAGAGAGACAUGGACAGUGUGGACAUGCAUGUCUUUUGGUUUGGUCAAACACUAGAUGGCGUCCCUGAGCCAAAAUAGAGAAGUUUGUGUGCUGUAAUUUGUAAAUGUGUUACAUUUGACUUAUUUUCUUAAUCUUUCCCUUCUUUCUACAUUGUCAUUUCCAUUCAUCUCAUAUAACAAAUAAUCUAGCUUAUUAUUGAUCAGAUGAUUAUUAUGGUCUUUUUGAGCUAGAGUAGAUGUAUUGAGUAGUUGAAUUAAUGCAGGGCAGAAUGUUCAGUUCUCAGGACUGGUUUCAGGACAACCAGCAAUCAGUAGAUUCUGUGUUUCAGGCCCCUGAUCACACCUGGCAUUAACAUCCCAACAUCCUGAGUAAUCAACCACAAAACGCAUAACCAUACAAACCUGCUGUUUUAAAUGCAGCUCCUGUAAUCAGCUUUGAUCAGAAAUCUCUUAUCAUCUGUGCUGGAUGAGAAGCUAUUUUAUUAAACGUGAGAAGAUGAAACUCAGAGAUGUGGAUCCGGACGGGACUAAAAUUCCCAGAGGACCACAGAGUUCAGUGAAAAAUAGUAGAUAAUUCAGCCUGUAAUUUUCUCAGAGGAUGUCUGAGAAAAACAAAUACAUGGUCGUUCCAGACGGGAAUAAAAUUACAGAGGACCCCCCAUAAAAGAAAAAAUUACCUCAGGACCAGAGGUGUAAAAAGUACUGACAAAUUGUAAUUGUGUAAGAUUACCUUUACUUUGCUAAAAUUCUACUCAAGUAAAAGUAAAAGUACUCAUCUAAAAAUCUACUCGAGUAAAAGGAAAAAAGUACUCAAUUUAAAAUGUACUUAGAGUAAAAGUUACGUAGUUUCUUUUAAUUAUUUGAUGUAAAAAAGUACAACAAAUCAUAAAUUAAUCAUUUUUAAUGAACUAUUAUUCCACAUAAUAAUUUGGACUUUUCAGGCAGUAUUUGUUUUACAGGUCAUUAUUAAUUUUUAACUUGCCAUUGCUAUGCUUUAACUGCUAUUUACAUGUUUUUAACAUUUCAAGCAGAUUGUUUAAUGAUGAAAAUACUUACCACCACAUACUUUCACAGGUUUGAGGUGGAAGUUUUGGAAGCUGACAGCUCUGUCCAGCGUAUUGCCUCAUUAUUCCAUGCGCGAGCAUCCGUGCCAAUUUUUUCCCAGCAUUUAAUUAUUAUUUUAAAAGUAAAAUUACCUAUUUUAAAAACUACUUUAAAAAUAACAAAUUACUCAUAAAAUCUACUCAAUUACAGUAACUUGAGUAAAUGUAAUUAAUUACUUUCCACCGCUGCCCAGGACCCCCUGAGAAACUAACCCUGUCCAGAUAGGGCUUUAUUUUAGCCUUAUCGAGAGAGUUUCUUUAAAAGACAGGCAAUAGCAUCAUGUGUACAGGUUUCUCACGAUUUUUGUUUGUUUUUGUUUAAUUUGUUCAUUCAGAUACUAAGUGUACUUAAACACAAAAGCCUCAACAUUCCAAAAAUAAUAUAUAUAUAUAUAUAAUAUGUUUAGUUCCUUGUACUAAUAUGAACAUGUACUGUAUAUUUUUAAUUAGGAGUAUUUAAUAAUAAUGGUACAAUAAUAGUUUUUUUUUGUAGUGAAUACUAAAGCAGAUUAUACACUAGCAGAUUUAUCAGAUCGUACAAGAUCUAUGCAUUCUGCAGCUGUCUUCAGUCAUUCUUAUAGACAGCGCAGUCUAGUGCACUUAAAGCUGGAGUAGGUGAUUCUGUAGAAUCCAGGAAGUGUAGGAUAGUUUUUUGGGGCAGAAAUAAAACUAAACAAAACAAAAAAAUAUAUAUGUUUCUUUUUAAAACCAUAUUCAUGACAAGAGAGUUGAAAUAAGGUGAUUAAAUGCUUAUUUUACAGGUCUAUGGUUUCAACAGAUAAUUAUGUUUAUUUAAUUUUUAAUUGUCAGAACAGUUUAUUGAUUGUUUUGAGAGAUGUAACAAAAUAUAAAAAUGUUAUAUACAAUAAAUUAAAUAUUCCAGCUUUAAUCUGAUUUAUACAGCAGGUACUUUUUCAACACAGUUACCAAUAUGUUAAGUAAAAGCUACAGAUGAAAACAGGCCAUGUUUCAAAUGUGAAUACAUUGUUGAUAUUUGAAUAAUGAAUUUAAAAUAGUUCUACCAUCUACUUUAACGGGUCUCAAACUAGUGUAGAAUUGUGUUUGAUAAGUUUAACACUUUUCUGUUUUACAACUUUGCCUUGGUUUCUCAUAAUUCCUGAUUUUACAGUGUUUAUGUUGAUGUAUGUUUCUUUUACUUCAGUAACUAGAAUAUAUUUUGCAAAUAUGUCAUGCACCCAUUGAGAACCCUAGUGGUUCUUUAUCAAACCUGACAGUUACCUGAGCUACAGGUUAAUAAACAGUUUUAAUCCAGAAA